AUGGUAAUGGCGAUAUGGUUCGUGCCAAUGAGUUACGGUCAUGGAGCCGACUCACCGGUGAUUGGUUAUGCAGCCGACUCACCUGGACCCAACUCGCUCGACACUGCUUGGUAUGACGCACGAGCCACAUUUUAUGGUGACGUCCAUGGUGGAGGCACUCAACAGGGAGCAUGUGGAUAUGGUGAUCUAAACAAACAAGGCUAUGGUCUAGCGACCGCCGCAUUGAGCACGGCAUUGUUCAACAACGGGUACACGUGCGGAGCCUGUUACCAGAUCGUGUGCGCGCAUGAUCCGCAAUGGUGUUUACCCGGAUCCAUCAAGAUCACAGCUACAAAUUUCUGUCCACCAAAUUACACUAAGACCUUAGGCGUUUGGUGCAACCCACCACAAAAACACUUUGAUCUCUCCCUUCCAAUGUUCCUCAAGAUCGCCAAGUACAAAGCCGGGGUUGUCCCGGUUAAGUAUAGACGUGUUCGUUGUGCGAAAACCGGGGGUGUCAAGUUUGAACUCAAAGGAAAUCCUCAUUUUUUUAUGAUUUUGCCGUACAAUGUAGGAGGAGCUGGAGAUAUUAACGCCAUGCAAGUUAAAGGAAGCAAGACAGGGUGGAUAACAAUGAAGAAGAAUUGGGGACAAAACUGGACCACCGGUGUUGUGUUAACCGGACAAGGUUUAUCGUUCAAGAUUAUGACAAGCGAUGGGAUUGUAAAAUAUUUCAUGAAUGUGACACCAUCGAAUUGGGGGUUUGGUCAGACUUUUGAUGGGAGGAUUAACUUUUAG